UGGACCCGAGCGGUGCCGUGGAAGCUCUGGUUCUAAUCGGCCUCCACAUCUGAGAGCACUAAGAUUAAUUGCAGCCUGGGCCCAGAAAUGAGCGGUGUCACUUUCCUUCGCAGCCUUUUCCUGCUGCUCUCUUUCAUUUCAGACCUUCGCGUUUGCAGCCAAUCACAUUUUAUUAGAGGCCUUGUUCUCGUGUGCCAGCGAAGCCUGAACGCCAUCAGACGGGCGCCGCUGAAUUCCUCUGUGCUCGCGGUGUUUGUAAUUACACAAAUGAUCUCGAAGUGAGUCAGAGCAGAAACCUGCUGCGGCUGCGGUUCCGGCAUUUCAUCUCACAGCUGCGACACAAAUCACCAGAGUCCCGCACAAAGCAAGAGGAGCAGGAGUUACAGCACAGGCACAAACAUCCCCCACGUAAAUAACAACACGUGACGUCACGGUGUCCCUCUGCAGGUCUGGAGAUGUUGGGGGUCUCUGAGAAGAAGAAAGCCAAGGAGCUGGUGAAGGAGGCAGCUUUGUCCAGCGCCCCCCACACAUGGACCCGGCCUCGCUGUGGCGUCCCGGACUACCCGGCCCAGACCAAGCGCCAGCGCCAGCGCCGCUUCGUCCUGUAUGGAGGACGCAUGGACAGGACGGACCUGACCUACAGGAUCAUCCGCUUCCCCUGGCAGAUGGGCCGGGACCAGGUCCGCAGGGUCUUUGGAGAGGCGCUGAAGAUCUGGAGCGACGUGACCCCGCUCACCUUCACCGAGGUCCACGGGGGGAAGGCCGACAUCCGCAUCGACUUCACCAGGUACUGGCACGGGGACAACCUGCCCUUCGACGGCCCGGGUGGGAUUCUGGCUCACGCCUUCUUCCCGAAGACGCACCGACAGGGCGACGUGCACUUUGACUACGACGAGGCGUGGACGCUGGGAAACCACAUGGGCACAGACCUUCUCCAGGUUGCAGCCCAUGAGUUCGGGCACGUUCUGGGCCUGCAGCACUCGCGGGUUCCUGGGGCCGUCAUGUCGGCCUACUACGCCUUCUCCUACCCGCUGAGGCUGAGCAGUGAUGACAAGCAGGGCAUCCAAUACCUGUACGGAGCCAAUCCACAGGUCCCGCCCACGCCGCCGCCACCGCCACCGCCGCCGCCCACCCGGCCUCCGGCUCCGCCUCCAUCCAACCCAGAGACCAACGAGAUCGUCCCUCACCCCGACGCCUGCUACACAGACUUCGAUGCCGUGUCCAUGAUCCGGGGGGAGCUGUUCUUCUUCAGGUCGGGCUACGUGUGGCGGAUCCGGGACGGGCGCCUGGAGAGCGGGUACCCGGCGCUGGCGUCCCGACACUGGAAGGGGAUUCCCGACAACAUCGACGCCGCCUUUGAAGACAAUUCAGGGAAUAUUUGGUUCUUUCAAGGUGACAACUACUGGCUGUUCGACGCCGAGCGGCGGAUCAGGGGCCCUGAGCCCCUCGGGGCUCUGGGUCUGUCUGUGUCCAGGAUCCAGGCGGCGCUGCGCUGGGGCCACAACCCCAACUACACCACCUACUUCUUCAAGUCCGGCAGCUACUGGAGGUUCAGCCCCAGCGAGAACCGCGUGGAGUCCUCGUACCCGCGCAGCAUGCGCGACUGGAGCGGCGCCCCCGACGACGUGGACGCGGCCUUCAGGGACGUCUACGGCUACGCUCACCUGGUCCGGGGACGGCAGUACUGGAAGUUCGACCCGGUGGAGAUGAACUCUCUGGAGGGAUACCCGCGCUACGUCGGCGUGGAUUUUUUUGGCUGUAGAAACGUGUGAGUCUUCAGGCCGGAGAGGUUUUUAAUGAAGAGGAGCUUUUGGAACCAAACUGUUCAUAACUCAGAUUCAGGAGAUGAGAACCACCUUUAGCCUGUUAAUGCUUUACUUCAUUACUCAGAUCAGUUGCAUCUUUCUCAGGAAAACCUUGUGGUGUUCUCCUGUGCAGCUACACUCAUAUUUAUUUUGCACUUUGCCAGCGUGAAGCCCAGGUCUGGGCUUUGCAUUAGUCACGUGUGACAUAUGUGAACGACACCGUCCUCACCUCCUUCGUUUGAGCCUCACUCACAGACGGUCGGCUCCACGUUCCAUCCUCAGGUGUUUGAAGAGUGGCAUCAAACCUCAGCAGAGGCAGGAGACUUGACCGGGUCACGCGUGGUGUUGACUUGAAGCAGAACUCCGGCUCAUGUCGUCACGUCUGGUUUUUAUGAUCAUACUGAAAAUGCACAUAAGCAGUGGAUGGAUUUGCUGUGAAAAUACAUUUAUGCUCCUUACUGUGAGUCAAAGGCAAAACAUCCAAGUUUUCAAGAAUGAGAUGUUCUCUGUUUUUUGUAAACAAGCAUUCUUUCAGUGACUUUAAGGAACCAGACAUGAUUCAGAAGAGCUCAGGUCUUAGUGUCACUCUCCUAACGCUGUGGGGUGAAGCUUCCACCCACGUCCUGCUGCCAUCUAGAGGUCGGAGACACACAACGCCCUGGUGCUGCGUUCAGGUUCACACAUUCAGGGUCAGUCAGUCAGAAAGACGAACCUGUUAAAUGGAAAACCUAGAUGAAGCUUGUGGCAAGGGUGGAAAAUAACUUAGUAACGUACAAGUGUAACCUUCAGGUACCUGGAACAUUUUCUACUCAUGGUUUUUGAUAAAUCAGAACAAAUCUGCAGAUGUUUGUAUCUGAGCAGCGUGUAGUUUAAAGAUAAUGAUAUUAGCCAAUAGAAUCGAGUUCAUGUUGUAUUUUUUAUCUGUAUUAUUGUCUUUUUUUAGUGACUAAUUGAUUAAAUCACCUGUAAAAUUAGUUGAUGAACUACAUUUGAAAGUUGUACUAAAUCUAAACUAACACCACGUAUCAAAACAGCUUAACACUAAACUGCUGUUGAAUAAUUA